UCUCGGCGGUUUCUGCAAGCUCGCAGCUUACUGAGCUAAUCUCGCAGGCAACACUGGGCUACGCUACGUCUGUACCUUCGAGGCUCAAGCUCGGACCUGUCCAACAAUAAGAUGGGACGGCUUGCGCACAAACGUAAUCAUCACGCCCGGAGAGACAUAUCCCGGGCGGCGCGGACUCGUGCCCGCAAGCUAGAUGCAGACCAAAUCCAAGCGACGCUGCGGAAUCCAGACUCCCUUGCAAAAGUGAUGAAGCCAUCAGAGCUAAAUCUCGAAAAGUCUGGGCUUGGCCUAUUCUACUGUGCUCAUUGUGACCGUCACUUCCCAAGCGAUAAAGACCGCGCAGUCCACUACCGCAGCAAGCUACACAAGCGCAAGGCCAAGAAGCUGGAGGAGGACGCAUACACACAGGAAGAAGCUGAUCGCGCAGCUGGUCUCGGCGUUGACAACAAACAGAGGGGCAGCACGAUUACAGCGGAUGACAAUAAGUCUUGAUGCAGGUGCUCGAACUUUGCCGUCAU